AUGUUAAAGAAAUUGGUUAAUCAUCGUCAAAUAUCUCUAACAAUCGUUGCAAAACGUUCAGCAAAUAUUCAAUCUAUUGAUUCUAAUCUUGGUGAUCGAAUGAAAAUAUUAAAUGAUAAUAGACAAUAUUUAAAAACAUUAGAAUUGAUCGAUAAACAUAAAAAUCAUAUUGAGACAUGUUCAAAUUGGGUUAUUAUACAAGCUCUGAAAGCAUGUAGCGAACUACGUGAUAUUCAACGUGGUUCAAGUAUUCAUGAUUUAGUUUCAUCUCGAUUAAAACAUGAUCCAUACAUAUUUCCAGCGUUAAUACACUUCUACAUGCAAUGUGGUGACAUCGAUCGUGCUCAAUCUUUGUUCGAUGGAUCAUCGAAGAAAACAUUAAACAUUUAUGGCGCAAUGAUGAAAGGCUAUAUAAGAAAUAAACAAGCGAAAAAAGCAAUCGAUCUUUUCAGUGAAAUAAAUAAUCCAGAUAAAUUUAUUAUCAAUCUUUUAUUUAAUGCAUGUGCUCAAUUGGGAACAGCUAAAGAAUUAAGUUUAGUAAAAAAAGUUUCAUUAAACAUUCCAAAAUCUUUUCAUUCGGAUCCAUUUAUUCAAACAUCUCUAAUUGAUGCAUUAAUGAAAUGCGGCGAUACACUUGCUGCUCAAUCAUUAUUUGAUACAAUAAAAACUAGAAAUUUGUUCAUUUAUGGAGCUAUGAUGAAAGGUUUCAUAAUAAAUAGCAUGGCCAUUAAAGCAAUUAAUAUAUUCAAUCAAAUUAAAGAUCCCAAUGAAGUUAUCGUCAAUCUUUUCUUUAAUGCUUGUGCACAAAUAGGAACAGAAGAAGCAUUAAAUUUGAUAAUAAAAGUAUCUUCACAUAUUCCUCAAGCUUUUCUUUCCGAUUCUAAUCUUUUAUCAUCUUUAAUUGAUGCAUUGAUGAAAUGUGGUAAUACAGUUUAUGCUCAAUCAUUAUUUGAAACGUCAACCAUGAAAACAUUAUCUAUGUAUACUGCAAUGAUGAAAGGUUUUAUAAUAAAUAAUAUGGCUGAUAACGCAAUUAAACUGUUCGAUGAUAUCAAGAAUCCGAAUGAAGUUACUAUCAAUCUUUUAUUUAAUGCAUGUGCUCAAUUGGGAACAGCUAAAGAAUUAAGUUUAGUAAAAAAUGUUUCAUCGAAUAUGCCGAAAGCUUUUCAUCAGAAUUCAUUUAUUCAAACAUCUCUAAUUGAUGCAUUAAUGAAAUGCGGUGAUACACUUGCUGCUCAAUCAUUAUUUGAUACAAUAAAAACUAGAAAUUUGUUCAUUUAUGGAGCUAUGAUGAAAGGUUUCAUAAUAAAUAGCAUGGCCAUUAAAGCAAUUAAUAUAUUCAAUCAAAUUAAAAAUCCUGAUCGAGUUCUGUAUCUUCUUUUCUUUAAUGCUUGUGCGCAACUAGGAACAGAAGAAGCAUUAAACUUGACAAAAAAAGUGUCUUCAAAUAUUCCUCAAGUUUUUCUUUCGGAUUCUAAUCUUUUAUCAUCUUUACUUGAUGCAUUGAUGAAAUGUGGUAAUACAAUUUAUGCUCAAUCAUUCUUUGAAAGAUCAAAAAUUCAUACAUUAUCUGUAUAUAGUGUUAUGAUGAAAGGCUUUAUAAUAAACGAUAUGGCACCUAAAGCAAUUGAUAUUUUUAAUAAUAUUCAUAAAGAUGAAUUUCAAAGAGAAAAUAAUCAAGACAAAAUAUUGAAUUUAUCUAAUAAAAUGAAAAAUGAAUUUUCUCGAUCAGAUAUAACUAUUUACCUUUGCUUGAUCAAAGCAUUAGCUGAUAUAGGCAUUUUUUCAAUAUCCCAAUCGAUGGUUCAACAAAUUCCAAGUUCCUAUCUUAGCGAUUAUCGAAUUCAAAAUUCAUUGAUCAGUAUGUGGGGGAAAACUGGUUCCAUGGAUGAAGCGGAACGAAUUUUUAAAACUGUAUCUCAACUGGAUCAUAUUGGAUAUACAGCCAUGAUUAAUUCUUAUGGCUUGAAUGGAAUGAGUAUGCAAGCGGUGGAACUCUUUCGUAAAAUGCCAAAAGAAUUCAUCGAUGAAUCGGCUUAUGUUUGCGUUCUGAACGCUUGUUCGCAUUCCGGACUCGUUGCUAUAGCUCGUUCAAUUUUCAAUAAUAUUUCAAUCAAAACCGAUAUUAUCUAUACAACUAUGAUUGAUUGUCUUAGUCGUGCUGCUGUAUUUGACGAAGCGCAGCAAUUGAUUGAUCAAUUCGAACGUGAUCAUAUGCCUGUAUGGUCGAUGUACAUGGCAUUGCUGUCAGGUGCGCGUAAUGAAAAAAAUGCUAAUUUAUCACAGAACAUUUUCGAUCGUAUGAAAAAGCAUUUUCCUGAAUUAAAAAGUUCAUUGGUGUCAGCCUCAAUUCUUCUUUCUAAUGUUUAUGCAUCAACAGGCGAUCAUGAAAAGGCAUCAAACAUUAGAAUGGAAUUAGAAAAAUCGGGUGCAAAGAAAAAAGUCGGUUUAUCAAUAACUGAAAUUGACGGGAAAAUCUUGCAAUUUCGUGCUCAUGAUCAAUCUCAUCCUCGAUCAGCUGAUAUUUACAUUGAAGCUGAUCGAAUAUCACAAGAACUUAUUGAAUAUGGUCAUAAGUAUGAUUCAAGUUGGAUUACACGACCGUUGCAACCUGAUGAAACAAUUGAAUCAGUUCUUUGCGGGCAUAGUGAAAGGUUGGCUAUUGCAGCUCAUUUUAUCGAUAAUCGAAAACCAAAAAUAAUUCAAAUUACGAAAAAUCUUCGUGUUUGUGGUGAUUGUCAUCGAGUGACAAAAAUAAUUGCUGCUCUUCGUCAAUGUGAAAUUGUUGUUCGUGAUGCAAACCGUAUUCACCACUUCUAUACAAAUGGACAAUGCUCAUGCAAUGAUUAUUUUUAA